GUUGAACGAAAGUUGUAAAAAGUUGGAGUUAACGCGUUGUCUGCGCUAAGAUGUUGACUUUAGUCGAGCGAGGCAAAUGAACGGGUGCGCAUGCGCAGCGCAAGUGAAAAUUUUACUCCAGAAAAAACAUAUAUAAAAGCAAAGAAACUAGCGUGUAAAAAUUGUAACGAAAGCAAUUUGAAAUUAUUAAAGUUGUUUCAUAAAACUUAAAAACGAACAAAAAUCCUUUAAGCUUAAAAUUUAGUGAAAUAUUCAAAAUUAAAUUGUUUAUAAAAAUUAAUUCAACAUUAACAGUGUUACGCAAUUAAUCAACAACAACAACUACAGCUAAACUACAAUGCCCCAUAUACGUACACAGCUGAUCCUCGUGAUCAUCAGCCUUUUGGGCUAUCACGCACGCAUCGAUGCACAAAAUACAGAACCACCUUGUAGUUUUCCUGGUUCACCAGCCCACAGCACAGUUGUAUUUUCCAGUGCGAAUUUGACGCAUGGCACUGUCGCUUCCUAUACAUGCGAACGCGGCUUUGAGCUGUUGGGACCGGCGCGACGUGUUUGCGAUAAAGGCACAUGGGUGCCGGAUGGCAUACCAUUUUGUGUACUCAAUGUCGCCGCCGGCAAAGCACCAAUGCAAAUCUCUACCGAUGGUCCAGGUGCACCACAAAAAGCUAUCGACGGUUCAACAUCGGCAUUCUUUACACCGGAAACCUGUUCACUCACUAAACCUGAACGUUCACCCUGGUGGUAUGUGAAUUUACUGGAACCCUAUAUGGUGCAAUUGGUUCGUUUGGAUUUCGGCAAGUCGUGCUGUGGUAACAAACCCGCCACGAUUGUUGUGCGCGUCGGCAAUAACCGUCCCGAUCUCGGCACUAAUCCGAUUUGUAAUCGUUUCACGGGUCUGCUCGAAGAGGGUCAACCACUCUUUUUACCUUGCAAUCCACCCAUGCCCGGUGCUUUCGUCUCUGUACACUUGGAGACGACCACACCGAAUCAAUUGUCCAUUUGCGAAGCUUUCGUUUACACCGAUCAGGCGUUGCCCAUUGAACGCUGUCCCACCUUCCGCGAUCAGCCACCAGGUGCGUUGGCAUCGUACAAUGGCAAAUGUUACAUCUUCUACAAUCGUCAGCCAUUGAACUUCUUGGAUUCACUUUCAUUCUGUCGCUCACGUGGUGGCACACUUAUUAGCGAGAGUAACCCGGCGCUGCAGGGUUUCAUCAGUUGGGAAUUGUGGCGUCGUCAUCGUACCGAUAUUAGCUCACAAUACUGGAUGGGUGCUGUACGUGAUGGCACAGAUCGCAGCACCUGGAAGUGGGUGAAUGGCGAGGAGGUGGCGGUCUCCUUCUGGAAUCAUCCCGGUGGUGAUGAGGAUUGUGCACGUUUCGAUGGCUCGAAGGGUUGGCUCUGGAGCGACACGAACUGUAAUAUGUUGUUGAAUUUCAUAUGUCAGCAUCAGCCUAAGACUUGUGGUCGCCCAGAACAGCCACCAAACUCAACUAUGGUCGCAUUGAAUGGCUUUGAAGUGGGCGCUCAGAUCAAUUACUCUUGUGAUGCCAAUCAUUUGUUGGUGGGACCGGCAACACGCACUUGCUUGGAGACAGGUUUCUACAAUGAAUUCCCACCCGUUUGUAAAUACAUCGAGUGUGGACUGCCUGCUUCUAUACCACAUGGUACAUAUGAUCUGAUCAACGGUACCGUCGGUUAUCUCAGCGUAGUAAAGUAUGCAUGUGCUAAGGGUUAUGAGAUGAUUGGACGUGCUGUGCUCACAUGCGACUUUGAUGAACGUUGGAACGGACCACCGCCACGUUGUGAAAUCGUUGAGUGUGACACCCUACCAGGCAACUACUACAACACUAUCAUAUCCGCACCCAAUGGCACUUACUACGGUUCGAAGGCCGAGAUCUCCUGUCCACCUGGUUACCGUCUCGAAGGACCACAAGUGCUCACCUGUUUGGCUACUGGUCAAUGGAGCAGCGCUCUCCCGCGUUGCGUACGUCUUGAACAAUCUACACCAGCGCCGACGCAACCACCAACACGUCCACCCACACAACCGCCCACAGCAUCACCCGCGGCACCAUCGACGACUUCGUACAAACCACGCAUCACCUCAACUUCAAGACAACCCUCUUACAAACCGACCACCAGCACUACUCAGGCCACGAGCACUACAGCACAACUGGAUCUGCUUGGCGGCGACUCUGAUGAGGAGGUCACCUACGUUGUACCCGGUACAGUACGCGAAGAAUUCCCACCACGUCGCACCCUCAGACCUGUAUCUAUACCCAAACGCACUAGCACAACACCGGCUUAUCAUGCGCCAACUACAACGACCACAACCACGACAACUUCGCGUACACGUCCUUACGCUCCGGUGGAGUCCACAACACGCAACACUCAGAACAUUAUUCUGAACGCCCAUCCACAGGAUAAUGAAAUUGCCGAUAGCGUUAAUAUACGACACAAUCAAUCGCCGAAUGUCAAUGUACCGUUCGCUGUGGACAAUGCCGAUCGCAAGGAGACCAAGGAGGCUAAACUUAAUUUGGGCGCCAUUGUCGCUUUGGGCGCUUUCGGCGGUUUCGUUUUCUUGGCUGCCGUCAUCACGACAAUCAUCAUUUUGGUGAGAAGAAAUCGCACUACCCAACACUAUCGUCAUCGCGCAUCACCCGACUGCAAUACAGUGGCUUCGUUCGAUAGCUCUACUUCGGGUUCACGCAAUGGACUGAAUCGUUACUACCGCCAAGCUUGGGAAAACCUACACGAAUCUGCUUCGAAGAGCAGCACACAACAUGCUUUACGCCGCAAGGAUACACUUGACCCACCAACUAUGCACUCUCGUGACAAUUUACGUGAGAAUAUGCAGCGUUCCAGAGAGAAUCUUGAUCGUGUCGGUCGUGAGAACUAUGGCAUGCGUGAUAACUCUGAAAUGGUCGUCUCCGAUGUGUGUCUAAAAGCUGGCGAAAAGAAACGCCAUCACCACCAUCAUCACAAGAGCAGCACACGCAAUGGCGAAUAUCGCGAUCAAUCGGCUGGCAGACGGGAACACCAUAGACAUAGUGGCGGACAUUAUUGACCAACCAUGGUGAUUACCAUAAAUGUGGAUCGAGAAGCCGUUACAAGCACAAGCAACGCCCGAUACAUUUAUUAAAUGAACAACGAAAAACAAAAGAAAUUCAUUUUAAGCACAAAUUAUUAAGCGGAAAAAAUGUAUUUUGUUAAUAUUACCGUUAUGUUGUGUGCAAUUUUUAAGCUAAGUGAGUUGCAGUGCGAAAUGCAAAUAAUUUACGCUAACAUUUCUAAUAGUUAAUAUGUAAAGCGAAAAACAUUAAGCAGUCAGUAGAUUAUCCUUAAAAAAAAAUACGUUGAAAAACGAAAAGCGUUGAUUUAAGUUGGCGUGUAGAGCAGUUGAAUGGAGGGCAGGCAAAAGCAACUGUAUUUGUAUGUUGAAUUAGUGCUUUUAUUUAUAGCUCACAUUUUUUUUUUUGUUUUAACUUAGUUCAAGUUUAAUUAGUUUUAAUUUGUGCACAAAGUGAAACAGAAACAGAAACUGAAAAGGAAACAGAAACUGAAAAUGAAACAGAAAGUAACUGAAACAGAAACUGCGACAGAAACAAUAAGUAACUGAAACAGAAUAGUGACAGAAACAGAAACUGUAACUGUAGCAAAAAAAUACUGAAGCUGACCUUGUAACAGUAACUGUAAAAACAUAGUAACAGAAACAGGAACAGAAACAGAAAUGUAACUGACACUAGAACAGUAAAAGCAACUUUUCUCCUCAAAGUUUUUUCUACACAUUUCUCUGCGCCUAAUCAUUUAUUACACUGUUUGCUUACAUUUUGUAACGACUUUUUGCUUACUUCUUUUAUUUUCCAAAAAUUAUGAGUAGCUUGGUUGAGUUUAAAUUCCAUUUUUGAAUAAUUUUAAGCUAAAUCGAUUUAUUCAUAGUACCCAUUACAAAGAAAAGGAAAAUCUAGUAGAAAUUCCACAUUCAAUUUUUUUAUGUAUUUAUUUACAAUCAACCUUCACACCCACACCCACACACACACAUACGACGUUCACAUGCAUUUAGUUGUUAACAAAUUAGAUAAAAGAACAUUUAUAUAUAUUUAUUUGUUAAUUAGUGUGCCAUUACCGGCAACUUACACAUUAAUUAUAAAGCGCUAUACAUAUAAAUACAUACAUACAUACAUAGGUAGAUAUGUAUGUAAGCGUAAAUAUAUAUUUUAUGUAUAAAAUAAGUUUUAAUGUGAGAAUGCAUUUGUCAAUAGUUAUUCUUAUAAUUUUCAUAUUUUUUUUUGUUUUUGUAUAAAUUUUUAUUUUUUUUUUAUUUAAGUCGUAAAUUUUAACACACAAAUUUAUGUAAAUAAUAUAAUAAAUUAUAUAAAACAUA